AUGUUAACUGCAGACACUAACGAUUACCACACCUAUCUACCUCCCUACCGGUCUCUCUUGAAUCCUAACGCUAGAUACGACUAUAGGACUCACUCUUUGGUUCCAAUAAGCCAAAAUGAAUUGAACGUUCUUCAUUCAUCGUUUACAACGAGAAACAGCUCCAAUAAAGUGUUCAGCAAGGAAUCAAAUGGAGGAGGAUUCAAAAUGAAAUACAAAUCCCUAUUGAGCGAUGUUAGUCGUUCAUUAUCGAUGAGACUAAGCAAUCCAAAUUUAAUAUCAUCAGUAACGUCAUCAGGUGCUUCCACUAUUAGCAAUUCCGGUCCCCCCACUAGAUCAUCUACAACGAAUACUUUGAUUAUCUCAAAACCAAUUACAAUACCUCCAGUUCAAUUCCAAAGUCUUCCAAUGGAAAUAUUGGAUUAUAUCUUCUUUUUGGUAGAUUCAAAAAUUGACUACAAAAGUUGUUUGUACACAAAUAAGCUCUUCUAUUACUUUGCCAAGCCGUACUAUUACCAAGAUCUACAGUUUACGUCUACAUUUCGAUUUGCCCAAUUUAUAUCGUAUCUAAGGUUCAAUUCAGAAGUUGGCCUUUAUGUUAAAACAAUUGAUUUAUCUGGAAUAAAGCCAGGAUAUGAAGAAGAGGCCGACGAAGAAGUUGAAGACAAUAACCAAGCCGUCAUAAUACGUACAGUUACUGAAGAUUCUACUGAAACCACUGACGAUUUUGCAACCGCCGAAAAGAUAUUAGCGGGCUGGAGAGAUUGGAAAUUUAAGAAUAACCCGUUAUACUCUGUCCAUUCGGGCACGUCGAGUGCCCUUACUAAGAUUUCUUCGAACUCUCAAAUUCUGAUGUUGUCGUCAAAGUCAAACACAUCAUCUCAUAAGUCGUUAUCUUCAAAGAGGUUUUCAAAGCCAUUUAAAUACUUCAAGUCUAAGAAAAGAGGUAGAUCUGGCUCCUUGAGCGGUACCACCAAGGCAAGGAAGGCUCCCAGGGUCGAAUAUUUGAAUUUAAGAGAUGACCCAAAUGUAAAUUCUACUUCUUCCAUUUUGCAGAGAGUGCAGAGCCCCCAUCCCUUGAUCAACAAGUUCUUGCUCAACUAUUCAACAUCAAGAGAUGUUCCAAUUGGGUAUGUGCUUCAUUUAAUUAAUUUAUGUCCUAAUAUCGUAUCAUUGAAUUUAGGCAAUCUUUCAUUAUCAAUAGAUUACGAAAUCAGCAGGUCCAUGAUAUACAAGUAUCAAACAUUUGAUUUAAUGAACAAUUAUCCUAAGGAGUUAAUCUACAAGAUCGACGACAUAAUGAGACUUAGUGAUUUUGACGACCAAUUAUCAUUUGAAGGAAGUAUUUUGAAUGGAAACUUCAGCAAUAACAUCGAAGCUGCCAGUUUUCAUAAUGCCGCGGCUUCAAUAAGGCAAAGUGCUUUUUCAAGUAGCAAUCUAUUCAGAUCGAAUCAAUCUACUUCUUCUACUGCUUCUUCGGUGUAUUCAAUUCCAACUUUUUCGAAGCCUGUUAGGAAAUACAACAGCCUAUUACCUCCUUUGCCCCAAACAGUGGCUGAUAUUUCGUAUUUGAAUAAAGGGGACGGAAAGGUUUAUUUGAGCGAUUUGAAUUUGAAGUCUAUCAACAAUAAUUAUUUGAAGAAAUUGAACGACGAAGAGUUAUUAAAUGCUAUUAUCAAAAUGCAUGGCAGAAAGUCUCAAGGCACCAUCCAGCUUUUCAGCAACUCGUUCCUCAAUAGUGGAAUUUCUCACGACCAGAAAGGAACUUUGAAGUAUCUCAAUUUGUCAUCCAUGAUCUGGUUAAAUAAAUCACUGAUCCAGAAGUUUUUGAAAAGUGUUGCUCUCAAGAGUAGAAGCGAGUAUCAGGAAUAUUUGACUGACGAAGACAGCUAUAGUGUAGACUCCGAAUCGGAUAUUGAGAUUGUGGAUACAGAAUUUAAUCUUGCCCUCUACAGACAAGAUUUGGUUAUUGAUUUGACAGAUUCAGGCAUGUACAAGAACUUGCAAUGGGCCAAGAAGAUAGACUUAAGAACUCGUGAAGGUUGUAGAUUGGUGCACAAGAUAAUCCAUGAUGAGUUGUACGACUCAUUUGACGAAUAUUUGAGAAGAGAAAGAAUAAGAAGAGGUCGCAUGGGUGAAAACUAUUUAGCUUAG